UUUAUAAAGCAUAAGCGGAAGUACAAAGUAGUAGCGGCUACACAGCACAGGCGUUAAGCCCUUGGGACGUGCCACGGUUACCCUAUGCAAGCGCUCUCGACCGUCUUCAGGCGCGCCGGGCCCCUUCGGUUACCCACACACCUCACACCCCUCUCCUCACCACCAGCGUACUCGACAUUAAGCACCGCCUUUAGCGCACGCUCUUUGCCAAGCGUUAGCGCACUUAAGUCCUCAACCCGUGCCCUUCCCGCUAGUCGCGGCCACGCCGGCUCAGCUGCGGGCUCCUCGCCCCUUCCCUGGAGCCUCUUCCCUCGGCCCCUCUGCAGCAGCUCCGCCGCCCCGGAGUCAGCCGGGCACCGCAGCAGGCGGGUCCCGGCUCGCCCGCAGGCAUCCAUGGAGUCCCGAGACCCCGGUGCCCCACCGCCCCUCACUCACCCACCCGAUCAGGAUCCUAGCCCUGCUGCUGCUGCCGCCGGUGCUGCUGCUGCUGCUGCUGCCUCACCAUCCUCCUCUUCCGCCGCCGCUACUGCCUCCGCCGCAGCUGCUGCCGCCGGUGUUGCUGCCCCCGUGCGCAUAGCCGUGGCUCAGAUGACAUCCGGCGGGGACCAGGAGGCCAACUUCGCCACAUGCGCCCGACUGGCCCGGGAGGCUGCUGAGGCGGGCUGCCGCAUGCUCUUCCUGCCCGAGUGCUUCGCCUUCAUUGGCGCCUCGCCUGCGGAGUCCCUGGCCGCCGCGCAGCCGCUGGACGGCCCCCUCAUGACGCGCUACCGGGAACUAGCCAGGUCCCACGGCUUGUGGAUGUCGCUGGGCGGCUUCCAGGAGACCGGACCCGACCCACAACAUAUCUACAACACGCAUGUGGUGGUGGAUGCGGAGGGCCGGAUGGCGGCCGUGUACCGCAAGAUCCACUUGUUCGAUGUGGAUGUGCCCAACGGCCCGCUGCUGAUGGAGAGCCGCACCACCGCUCCGGGGGACAAGGCAGUUGUGGUGCCCGCCACCCCCGCGGGACCGCUGGGCCUCACCACCUGCUACGACCUGCGCUUCCCCGAGCUCUUCGCGCACCUGACAUGGGAGCGGGGGGCGCAGAUCCUCGCCGUCCCCUCCGCCUUCACCGUCGUCACCGGCGCCGCGCAUUGGGAGGUGCUGCUGCGCGCUCGCGCCAUAGAAUGCCAGGCCUACGUGGUCGCCGCAGCGCAGGCGGGCAGGCACAACGCCAAGCGGGAGAGCUACGGACAUGCACUUGUGGUGGACCCGUGGGGCACUGUGGUGGCGGCGCUGAGCGACCCGCGGGUCACCGGCAUAGCGGUGGCGGAGGUGGAUGCGGGGCUGCUGGCGCGGACGCGGGAGCGCAUGCCGUGUGGUGCGCAC